CGCCUAUCCCCGAGCCGAUCCAGUUCCGCUUCCGACUGCUUCGAAGCUGUGUCGCUCCUUGGUCAUCAUGGGCAAGUCGGAUUUUCUGAGCCCCAAGGCCAUCGCGAAUAGAAUUAAGUCCAAAGGGCUCCAGAAGCUUCGUUGGUACUGUCAGAUGUGCCAAAAGCAGUGUCGCGACGAGAAUGGCUUUAAGUGUCACUGUAUGUCUGAAUCUCAUCAAAGACAACUGUUGCUGGCUUCAGAAAAUCCUCAGCAGUUUAUGGAUUAUUUUUCAGAGGAAUUCCGAAACGACUUUCUGGAACUUCUGAGGAGACGCUUUGGCACUAAGAGAGUCCACAACAACAUUGUCUACAAUGAGUACAUCAGCCACCGAGAGCACAUCCACAUGAAUGCCACUCAGUGGGAAACACUCACUGACUUCACCAAGUGGCUGGGCAGAGAGGGAUUGUGUAAAGUGGACGAGACACCAAAAGGCUGGUAUAUUCAGUACAUAGACAGAGACCCAGAGACUAUUCGCCGGCAACUGGAAUUAGAGAAAAAGAAGAAGCAAGAUCUUGAUGAUGAAGAAAAAACUGCCAAAUUCAUUGAGGAACAGGUGAGGAGAGGCCUAGAGGGGAAAGAGCAGGAGACACCUGUCUUUACAGAAUUAAGCCGCGAAAAUGAUGAAGAGAAAGUUACGUUCAAUCUGAAUAAAGGAGCAGGUAGCUCAGCGGGAGCAACAACAUCCAAGUCAAGCUCUUUGGGACCAAAUGCACUGCAGGCACUGGGGAGCGCAGCAUCUGUGAAGCGAAAAGAAUCUUCACAGAGCUCAGCUCAGUCUGCAAAGAAGAAAAAGAAGUCCGCACUGGAUGAAAUCAUGGAGAUUGAAGAGGAAAAGAAAAGAUCUGCGCGAACAGAUUCCUGGUUACAGCCCGGAAUCAUUGUGAAAAUUAUAACGAAGAAACUUGGAGAGAAAUAUCACAAGAAAAAGGGUGUUGUUAAGGAAGUGGUUGACAGGUACACAGCUGUGGUAAAGACGAUUGACUCUGGAGACAGGCUGAAGCUGGACCAGACUCACCUAGAGACAGUCAUUCCAGCACCAGGGAAAAGAGUUCUUGUUUUGAAUGGCGGCUACAGAGGAAACGAAGGCACCCUAGAGUCCAUCAAUGAGAAGGCCUUUGCAGCCACCAUAGUCAUUGAAACUGGACCUUUGAAAGGACGCAGAGUUGAAGGUAUUCAAUAUGAAGACAUAUCUAAACUGGCUUGAGUUUGAAAAUUUGUUAAAAACACAACAUUGAAAUCAUAAA